AUGACUUCCUUCAGCCCCAGUGGGGAGAUCCUCCGUACCUACCCGGAGAAGAGCCCGUUCGGCCUCAAGUUCGUGUACAACUUGUCUCCGCCCGAGGACAUUGUCCAAACUUUCGACACAGACGAGCUGCGCCGGGCCGCCCUCACUGUCGCAAACGCGACUGACGGCCACAAUGUCUUCUCUUCCAUGUACGGGAGCAACCCGUUCGUCAUUGACUACGAAGCCGUAGAGGACGCCUCCCAACUGAUGACACUUGCUCCUCCACCGCCUCUGCCUGAGGUACAUCUUCCGCCAUCUGUCGCAUUCCUGGAAGAGGUCGAAUAUUGGCGCGUACCCGCUUUUCUGAUACGCAUCAACGAGAAUACGCAUCGCCUGCUCAAAGUCGCCCUCGCACUGCCCGCCCUCUCCGCCGCUGCGCGCGCCGCGCUCCUGGACACACACGCGGACAUCGUCGACGCGCUGCUCCUCGAGCACCCCAUGCAUCCGGCGCGCCUGACACUCGCGACUGUCAGCAACGACCUCGCACGGCGCGCGCUCAAGGCGCUCUGCGCCAUCCACGCGGCGCACGUGCUCCUCGGGGGCAGCCUCCGCUGCGCGCACGUCCUCGUCGCCGAGCGGGCGCUGCCGCCUGUCCCGCGGGGUCCGUGCGGCGACGUCUACGAGCAGGCACGGCGCGUCGAGGCGCGCAAGGCGGCCGAAGAGCUCAGGGUGCGGGUCGUGUGGACCGAGUUUGGCGAGGGGGCGUGCGCGACGGCGGAGAGGGGUCUGAGCAGGCUCGAGUUUUACCGGGAGUUGCGCGAAGGGUGGGAGU